GUUUUUCCCUUCAGUUACCCUGAAAACCUCCAGUCACCUCUCAGCCAAUCAGAGCUCACCUUGCAACAAGACAGAACAGUGACGAGUCUUGUGUCCUCCACAUCGCCAUCAGUGUGUGUCUCUGACACUAAAGAACUAAAGAAAGUUUUUCUCCUUCCACUCGAUGUUGCGUCACAGUAAGCUGCAAAAGCAGGUCCUAGCUCUGUACCGUCAGUUCCUCCGGGCCGGGCGGGACAAGCCAGGCUUCAUCCCCCGGAUCCGAGACGAGUUCAGGGACAAUGCCCGCAUCAAGAGAACAGAUGUGAUGCACAUCGAGUAUCUGUACCGGCGAGGACAGCGACAGCUGGAGCAGCUGAGGGACGUUAACACCAAACAGCUGGGAUCCUUCUCCAAAGACCCAAGAGCUGACCUCUGACCUCUGACCUUCAAAUAGGUGCUUAGUGUGAUGAAUGUAAAAUACUUGUUUGUCAAAUAUUCAGUGUUUUGAGUGUUUUGUGGGUGUUUGGACAAAAUGUAUUGUUCAAAAAGAUCAAUAAAUAAAUAAAUGUCUUCAUGUAUUCACCUUAGAUGUAA